AUGCAGGGAGGCAACUUCUCAUCAGCAACUGAAUUCAUCCUCAUCGGCUUCUCCACCUUCCCCCACCUUCAGCUGAUGUUCUUCCUGCUCUUCCUGCUGAUGUACCUGUUCACACUGCUGGGGAACCUGCUUAUCAUGGCCACCGUCUGGAGGGACCGCAGCCUCCACACACCCAUGUACCUUUUCCUGUGUGCCCUCUCCAUCUCAGAGAUCCUAUACACCUUUGCUGUCAUCCCACGCAUGCUGGCCGACCUGCUUUCCACUGACCACUCCAUUGCUUUGAGAGCCUGUGCCAGCCAGAUGUUCUUUUCCUUCACGUUUGGCUUCACCCACUCCUUCCUGCUCACAGUCAUGGGCUAUGACCGCUACGUGGCCAUCUGCCACCCUCUUCGCUACAAUGUGCUCAUGAACCCCCGAGGCUGUGCCUGCCUGGUGGCCUGGUCCUGGGCUGGGGGCUCAGUCAUUGGCUUGGUCGUGACAGUAGCCAUUUUCCAACUAACUUUCUGUGGAUCUAAUGAGAUCCAUCAUUUUGUUUGCCAUGUGCAGGCUCUUCUGAAGUUGGCCUGUGGAGAAAAUGUCUCCAUUCUGGCCAUGGGCUUAGGACUGGUGUGUAUCACCGCCCUGCUGGGCUGCUGUCUCCUCAUCCUCUUGUCUUAUGCCUUCAUCGUGGCCACCAUCUUGAGGAUCCCUUCAGCCGAGGGCCGGCACAAAGCUUUCUCCACGUGUGUGUCCCACCUCACUGUGGUGAUAGAGCACUAUGGCUUUGCCUCUGUCAUCUACCUCAAGCCCAAGGGGCCCCAGUCUCUGGAAAUAGACACCUUGAUGGGCAUCACCUACACGGUCCUCACUCCUUUCCUGAGCCCCAUCAUCUUCAGCCUCAGGAACAAGGAGCUGAAGAUCGCCAUGAAGAAGACCUUCCUCAGCAAACUCUAG